AUGGCGGCUAGCAGUUCAAAGUUUAAAGAGGAGAACUCCUCUUCUGGAAAUGUUACUAGACUCAGUUAUGAUGUGGUUGAGUGGUCUAGCUAUUCCCCAGGUUAUCAUCCCAAGUUGAUAAAAGAGAAUAAACCUGAUGAUCUCACAUCUCGCUGGCUGAGCGAAAGCGGUCGUCCGCCUCAACACGUUACGCUCCAGCUCUCUCACCCGGCCAUUGUGACCGAAGCCGUGUUUGGCAAGUAUUGUCGACCUCAUGCGUGUAACGUCCACAAGCUAAAGAUAAUGGGAGGAAUGAAUAGCGAGUAUCUUGUUAGACUAGCUGAAGGGGAAUUAAAGAAUGAUGGUUGCUCUGAAACAAUUGCUCUUCGUCACACACUAAAGAAUGGCCCAUUCCCUUGUCUCUAUGUAAAGAUUGUAUUGCUGGAUACUUGGGGUCAGACCAAUUUCAGUUUAUGGCAUGUUGACCUGCUGGGGAUUACUGAUCCAUCAAUUGUAAAGGGAGCUGCUCACCGGCUUAAAGAAUUCCAGCAGGAAGAGGCGGUCAGGUUAUGCCUGAAGCACUUGAGACAGAAUGAUUAUCAAGAAGCUUUUGCCUCACUACAGAAACAAGCUCAUCUUGACCUUGAGCAUCCAUUACUUACUGAACUGCAUCAUGAGCUGGUACAGGAAGGAGACUAUACUAAAGCUGAACUAAUAUUCACUCGUGCUGUAUCUG